GCUCGUCAAUAACAGCGAUCGCACUAAAAGCACGGCGGUGUUACUUUAAACAAAUUUAUAAAAUUAUUUUCACGGAUUGCCCUACAAACAGAAAUUCUGCAAUGGGUCCCAACUUUAAUGUCCACAUAUGCCUUGCUUUAUGCUUUGUGAUUUAUUUAAUGGACUCACUCGAUGCUUCAUCGAUUAUUCCGAAUUGCGCUUUUGAAGACACCGUUGACUUAACCGAUAGCGAAAGAUUUAGCAACGGUUCUUACCUCUAUGAAGGUGUACUGGUGCCACCGCAUUUGGUCGGCUCCUACGACUACAUUGAACUGCACGACGGAGAACAUCAAAAAGUGCCGAGACAUCUGCGUGGUUGUGCGUGCCAAAUUAAAAAUUGCUUAAAGCUCUGCUGCAAGCGUGGGAAGACGUUGCAGAGGAAUAGUGCUAAGGAUCCAUGGAAAUGUGCGGAAUCGUCUGAAGAAUACGGAUAUACGCCUUAUGUAAAUAUUACCUCGUCUAAUGGUAGUGUGGUUUUAAAGAAUGCGUUGAAAGACUUUUUGGUGCAGUCGGGAUUACCAUGUGAUAAUGGGUAUAUGCUUAACCCGUAUAAGGAUUCACGCGACGAAUGGACCUUAUAUGAGAAUGGUAUUUUGUUGCGCGAAUACGAUAAUAAGAAGUUAACACGAGGAGAAUAUUGCAUGUCUGGCCUUGAAAUAGAUGGUGUAUCCCAGUUACAACCAUAUAACUGUCCCGUACCGUACUUGGAAUCGUCGGAGACUCAAGCAAACACUAUAGGUAAAUAAAUUGUAAACACACAUUCUACUUAUGUAUAAAUGAUCAACGUGACGAGCUCAGUCGAUUUAGCCUGUACCGGCCUGUUUCAACAUAAGUUAAAAGAAACAAAAUGCAAAUAAAUAUUGUAAGCUUA